AUGGGCCAGGCGAAAGCGCUUAUAUGCAAAAAGAAAGCGAUCAAAUUUCGAGAGCAUCUGCAGUCCGAAGUCACACUCUGGAAUGGUCUUCCUAUCUACAUAAAUGAGCACAUCUUCGAGCAUCGAUUUCCCUCGGAAAGCAGCAAAGUGGUCUGA